AUGCCACACCAGCGGGCGGGCGGCGUCUCCAUCGAGUCCGCCGAACACGGUGACGUUCUCUGGACGCCGCAGGAUAACGGGCGCACGCGGAUAGGAUUCGUUUGCCCUGAUCACCUAUGGGACGACGUCACCGCGGAAGCGCUCAUACAAGAGGCAAGAAAGGCUCUACACCCGUUUACGCUCAAAAUCGAGAAACUUGACUGGUGGACGGUUUAUGCAGUUGGACAGCGAGUGGCGGAGACCUAUCGCUCGGGCCCGGUAUUCCUAGCGGGCGAUGCGGCGCAUACCCAUUCUUCUGCAGUUGCUCAGGGCAUGAACACCGGUAUCCACGAUGCGACAAACCUGGCUUGGAAGCUCACAGGCGCCCUUGCAGAGUGGCUGCACGAGGACGUCCUGGCCACGUAUGAUGCUGAGCGGAGGCCGACAGCCGAACGAGUCAUUCAGCUAGAUCGCGACAUUGCAUCGCUCAUAUCGGGUGUGAUACCGUGUCACUUCAACGCACCGCGUGACGCGGACCCCAAUGCAUAUCUCGAACAGGUACUCCUGAACAAUGCCUCUUUCACCGUCGGACUCGGUAUCGCAUACGAGGAGAAUGCCUUAAAUCUACGUCGUGCUGCCCGCGCGACGAAGACAAGCGAACUCAUCGGUCGUCGUGCCCCAGAUGCAGCAUUGUACAGACCGUUUGCCAUCUUGCCAUGCAAGUUGUACAGCUGCAUGCCCUACAUCGGGAAGUUCUGGAUCCUCGUCUUCGCAGGCCGGAUGGAACCGGGCCCUCCGGGUGGGAGGCUCGAACCCACAUGCUCUGCUGCGUACCGCGACCUAAAGGAAUGCCUCGAUCACCCCCAGUCCUUCCUGCAUACCCUAGCACCUGUCUUCAACUUCCUGACCAUCCCGUUUGGGACCGGGGCACUACAGAGUGCUGAAGCUCUCGGCGAGCAGCCACUAGGGAAGACGGUGUACGACCACACUGGAGAGGCCUACACACGUUAUGGCAUCGACGCGUUGGAAGGUGCCAUCGUUGUCGUUCGCCCGGACAGUAUGAUCGGUACAGAAACGUCACUCGGUGCCGAUGGCUACGAUGACCUUCAUCGCUACUUCGUUGGAGUAGUGUGUUCCUGGACAAAGCACGCCUCCAUCGCAGCGCAAGGUGACACACGGGCAGUAGGGGAGAUCUUGCUCGACGAUGAGCUAGAGACCAUUCGGGUGGUCAGGACGGCUGCCCAGUAG